AAUACGUGUGGGAAGGGACAAUAUUGUUUACAUUUCGACAAUACUGCUACCUGAAGCCAAACAUUAGCAGCACAGACAUUUCACUCCAAUGGAUCCAGAGAUGUUAGUGCAACUGGUGCUGCUAGCGGCAACAGCGCUGCUAGUACCGCGCCCUGCCACUGGCGGCGCUGUCAUCAGCUCUUCUCCAGGCUGGAGACCCAUUCCAGACCCAAGCCCCGGCAUCGGCCUGACGUUGGGUUCUGCAGCGCCUGCAGUAUCCUACCAGAACUUGGUCAACAAGAUAUCCACCCUGGACGGGCCCGAAGGAAUAUCUUCACCACUAUACGGUGCGAGUCAAGGAUUCGGUGAAGCGGAUGGGGGGCAGUGCGCCCUCUACAAAGUCACAUUCACACAGGACCUCUAUUUCCAGUACAUUCAGUACAAGGCGGACAUCCCAGACAUCCAGCAGUUCACCCUCUGCGCUUGGACCAAGUUCACCAACCACUCCAACGACCACCCGAUAUUCUCGUACGCUGUGCCAAACCAGCCACGCGCCAUCUACGUGUGGGUGUCAUCGACACAGCGGUCCAACUACUGGCAGAUGUCAGUGAACGGACACACCUUCUACCGGCUCAACUACCCACUGCGGCUGCAUCGCUGGUACCAUUCGUGCGCCUCCUGGAACAGCCAGACUGGAGAAUUCCAGCUCUGGGUGAACGACGAGAGGGUCGGCAGGGGAUUCCACAACAGGCUGGUGGGCUACACGAUCCCAGGAGGCGGAGUGGCCAUCACGGGCCAGGAGCAGCGCCAGCCCGGAGGCGGCUUCCUGGAGGGCCCUGGAGCGCCACUGGGCUCUGGAGGCAUGCUGGGCGAGGUGACCAUGGUGUACCUGUUCGGCGCGGCGCUGGCCGCGGGCAAGGCCCACCGCGACCACAAGCACCACCACGGCAACCACCACGAGGACUACCCGGCCAACGGGCAGUCGCCCGCCUCGGCCACGCCGCCCCCUCCGCCUCCGCCGCCCCCGCAGUUCAUGCACCCGCUGCUGGUCGCCGGCCAGAUCGCGCCCCGCGGCCAGAACGUCAUCCAGCAGAUCGAGGGUUCGAGGCCCCGUCUGCCCGAGCAGCCGCAGCAACAGCAGCAGAUCCUCUCAGGAAGCAUCUUCGGGGUGGACGGUCUGGGACUGGGCGGGGACUCCUUCCUGUCCAACAAGGCCUUCGAGGGGUCCCUGCUGGAGGGCGGCGCCGUGUCCAGCCACAAGCUGUUCAAGAGGCAGCAGGAGCACCAGGCGCUGCACGGGGACUCCGACGACCAGAGGCUGGAGCUGGAGGAGGGCCGCUCCACCACCAGGAGGAGCAGGGAGCUGCACGUCGCGCCCGUGUCCGAGGACCCCGAGGACGAGUACACCACGCCCAGGUACAAGGCCAAGAUGCCGCUGAAACUCAGCAAGAAACUGUGGGCCACCUCCAGAACGUCCAGCUCUGCCGAAGAGGCGCCCACCAGCAAGGCCGACAGCUCCACGGAGAGUGUCGACAGCGAGCCAGCGACCAGUAGUCCCGUCAAAAAGGUGGCAGACAGGGCGAGGAAGUCCCCUGUGACCAAGAGGGCCACCAACGAGCCCAAGGCUCCAGCCGAGGCCUCCGACCUGGAGGAGGAGCUCCUGGCAGAGGCUGACGGCGACGCCAAGAACUCGCGCACCAGCAAGAGGGGGGCCCUCCUGCCCUCCGAUGACCUCUUCCUGAGCUCCAGCGCCAGUCUGCUCAGCCAGCCCAGUUCCUCGCCGGUGCUGUCGGGCUCGUUCGCCUUCAGUAAGCUGCCUGUGGAGGCGGCGCCAUUGUUGCUGCAGCCUGGGACACCUCCUCCAUUGUUGGAGCCAGAGGCGGAGCCCUACCCCCGAGAGCCUGCCGAGGGGGAGGUGGCCGAGGUGAUGCGGGUCUGCUCGGGGUGCGACCCCGAGCCGUUCAAGGCAGCCGCCAUUAUCUCGUGGCGUGCCACGCCCAAGAAGGUCUACUCUGGCGCACUCUACUCGCUCGCCAACCCGGAGUGCAGGAAGUUCUGAUCCUCUGCAUUACAGACUCUGUGACAAUGUGAUGUGAGGCUGGAUUUGGAUCCACUGGUUUCGCCUUGUGUAUGGAUGGUUUAUGGUUUGUGUGAAGAGGACUUCUUGUUCGUAUAACUGGAAAUAAUAGUGAAUUCUGUGUACGUGCAUCUACUUGAUCACUAUCAUCUGCUGCACAUUCAUGGAAAUAUGGGAGGGGAUUGUUGCAUAGUGUUGGAGAGUGAUAUAGGCUACUAUAUGACCGAGUAAGUUGGUCACCACAUUGUCGUGCAGCAUGCACAAACAGUCCUGUACAUGGGUAGGCAAAGUACACGGAAGUACAAAGUGUUCCAUCUGUGUGACAGUGCCAACUGUUUGCUGCAUAAUCUGGCCAUAUGCACUGCAUUCCAAACUGUCUGCUGCAUGCUCAGGUAAUGUACGCACAGCUGCAAACUCUUUAGUACAUAAUUGCAAAAAGGCUGCACAGUCAGGUCUGUCUGCAUGACAGUGUAAACUGUCUGCUGCACAGUCAGCUUGUCUGCAUGAUAGUACAAACUGUCUGCUGCACAGUCAGGCUGUCUGCAUGACAGUGCAAACUGUCUGUGGCAUGGUCACAUUGUCUGCAUGACAGUGGAAACUGUCUGCUGCACAUUUAAGUUGUCUGUCUGACAAUGCAAACAGUUUGCUGCAUAGUGAGGCCAUCUGUCUGACAAUGCAAACUGCCUGCUAUAUGGUCAGGUUGUCUACAUGAUAGUGCAAACUGU